ACUACGAGCAAAAACCGAAAGUGAAUUGCUUAUCCAGCCUGGUCAUGUCUGCAGCCUCCACACACUCUUCGCGCCUCUUGGCCAUCGUGGCCAUCUUAUUAAGCAGCUACACUCUCGGCAUCUACAGUGCGGCACGCGCAAGCAUCAAAGUGCAGCAGCUGGAACCGACAGUCCAAGAGUCACUUGCCACCCAAAAUGACAGUCUGAACCUGCAGGCAGGGACGAACUCCAGUCUGGCACGCAGUGACUCACGACAUGCUCGCUGGUUUCCAUUUUACACAAUCGGUCGGUUCUCCAAUGACAUUUGCACGGGAAACAAUCUGCUCCUGGGCACAUGCGUGAUUGCUGGCGAGUGCACAGACAAUAGUGGAGUGGCCGCCGGCAGUUGCUCCACCAUUACCACCCAGGCAAUAUGCUGUAUUUAUCAAAGGACAUGUGGAGCGAGCACCACGUACAACAAUACUUACUUCUACAACAGCAACUAUCCGGCGCCGUAUGCCGGAGGCGGACGCUGCUCCAUUGUGGUGACACCACCGGAUUCAUCAAUCUGUCAGUUGCGAGUUGACUUUCUGGCCCUGUCGCUGGCUCCGCCCACGGGUGAUGGAUUCUGCAGCACAGAUGCGUUGACCAUUACAGGCGGGGCCUCGCAGGUGCCCAGCAUUUGCGGCGAAAACUCCGGCCAGCAUGUCUAUGUGGACUUCAAUGGCGUCAAUCCCAUUACCAUAUCGGUGGCCACUUCCGCGGGCUACACCUUCAAUCGCCAAUGGCAGUUCCAGAUCCGAAUGCUUAGCUGUUCGUCGGCUACGUUGGCGCCGUCCGGUUGCCUGCAGUACUAUAUGCCCACCAGUGGCACGUUCUCCAGCUUCAAUUACGUGUCCGCUGCCUCCUCCGCCCUCAACUCGAUUGGGGUGCAGGGCUCGCGGCAGUUGGCGAACACCAGAUACGGCAUUUGUAUACGCAAGGCGGCCGGCAUCUGCUCCAUCACCUACAGCCAGGUCAGCUCCGAUACAUACUCGUUUACGCUGACCAACGAUGUGGGAGCUGUGGAUCCCGCACUGCUGGCCACGUCCUCGGUACAGAGCCAGGACUGCACCACCGACUAUAUUGUCAUUCCCGCUCCCACGCAGAGCAGUUCAUUAGCCAGCGAUCGAUUCUGCGGCCUGGGCCUGGUGUCCACGACUACUUCGGCGAAGCCUUUCGUCGUCUACACGGUAACCGAUGGAAAUGAGGAUAUGGACAUAUCGAAUCGCGGCUUCUACUUGUCCUAUUCACAAAAUGCAUGUCCAAUUCUAUAGUCCACCGGUCCAAAUUGAUAAUAUAUAAA